UUGGGAAAAUACAAUGCAUUAAAAAAUUCAACUUAGAAAUUUAGAGAACGAGAUAAUCAAUUUCUUGUUGUUAAAAUCAUACUGCAAGCAGUGAAAAGAAAUCAAAUAAUACAGCAAUGGAUGUCUUUUUGAUGAUAAGACGUAAGAAAACAACAAUUUUUACAGAUGCAAAAGACACGACAACGGUACAUGAGCUGAAGAAAAUGAUUGAGGGGAUAUUGAAAGUUCCACCAAAGGAUCAAAGAUUAUUUAGUAAAGAUAAUACAGCAAUGGAUGAUGAUAAGCAAUUGCAGGAUUACGGUAUAACCCAAAUUACAUCGAAAGCUCAACAGCCUGCUAUGCUAGGCUUGGCGCUUCGAAUUGAUCAUGAUUUUGAGCCGCUCGAAAUGGUUCCAUAUUCUCAACCACCAGAUUUACCAGAUGUGAUGAAACAAGACACUGUGUCGAAUGAACAAGCUUAAUCCAAUAAUUAUUCGUUUUUUUACUAAAACAAUUGAGUUUUUCACACAAUAAUCCUUUCAUUUCACAUUUCACGCAUCAAGUAAAUGUGAACACCAUAAA